AUUUGUGUUACAGCCCAGUUUGGGCAGUGGAGCUUUGGACCACAGCAUGGUUUUGCCCGCAUCAUACGAUGGAACUUGGAAAAGGCCCCUGAGCGCCUGCCUAGUGGCGAUGUGGAAGCCAUCUUCUCCAUCAUGGACAGUGAGUUCACACGCUCCAUGUGGAACUAUCCGUUCCGCCUCACGUACAGGCUGAUCUUGAGAGAGAAGGAGUUGCACUUCAACAUAGGGGUGUACAACCCUAGUAAGGAGCUUACAUUCAGCUUCAACUUGUUGUUACACACAUACUUCAAGGUGCCUGAUGUGCGGCGUUGCCAGAUCACCGGCCUGCACGGCUGCACAUUCAUCGAUAAGUCAAGAGAGGGUGCAAUUUUCCAAGAGGGUCGCGAUGUGGUGACCAUCUCUGAGUGGACUGAUCGCAUUUAUCAGAACACUCCCCAAGAGCACAUCAUCACGAAUGUUGUGUCAGGCCGGAAGAUGAGGAUACAGAAGUAUAACUUCCCAGACACAGUUGUAUGGAACCCGUGGGUGGAGAAAGCAAAGGAGAUUUCAGACUUCGGUGAUGACGAGUUUCCCAACAUGGUCUGUGUGGAGUCAGGCCAUGUGUCUAGCCCCGUUAUCUUGCUGCCAGGAACAGCGUUCGAAGCCAGCCAGAUACUGCAGGUGAUGUGAGUGGAGGGCGGGGCUGCAGGGGGCCCAGGGGGGCGGAGAGGGGCUGCUGGCCGCUUGUCACAGCUCCAGCAACAACAACAACCACCACCACCACCACAGUCACAGCAGGUGGUGAACCCCUCUCCUUCCACCUCAUCUGCAGGGGGGGACAACCUGCUGGCGUCUCCCUCCCCUGUGUGGCCCCCCGCCCCGUGGCUCGCUCUGAACAACGUGUAUGUGGGCGAGAUGCUGCACCAUCGCCUCCUGCUGGAGCAGCGCAGCAAGGGAGCAGGUCAGCAGCCGCCCGAACAACACCAUCACCCGCACCAGUGUGCCCCUCAGACCUCCUGCAGCAUCUGCUCCCUCAACCUGUAGUGCACGGGAGAAACCCGGGUUGUACGGACACAGAACUGAAAUUUGGUUUUGUUCUUCCCCACAAAAUUUGUUUCCAAAAUUUAUUUUCUUAUUUAUUUUUAUUUAUAGUUUGCAUGAUGACGUCCACUCCUGAUGGCGUUGGUGGCAUGGCGAGUGUCCGUACAACCUCGUGCCACAGUGACUCGGACAGUGAUACAGACUCUGGAGCUUACAAUUUGGUGCUGGUGUCAAUGAGGAAUUCUUAAAGAGUUAACAGCCUGCACAUUACAAUUUGUAAAAAGGUUCAUCUGCAGUUUGAGGUGAGACAGGUUCCACAUGACAGAGAAUCGACACAUAUUCGACUCACAGUUUCUCACUUCCUGUUUCAUAAGCAGGUUUCUAGUAUCAACAGUGUUUCCAACUGUUGCACCCUGAAAUACAGUUCUUGAAACAUAGAGGAAAUCUACGUUCAUAUUGUAGAUGACAGACAAGGCACACAAUGUGCAAUAUUUUGCACAUCACUUAGAGCGUUUCCCAUGGUGAGUGGUGUUCAGAUCCAAAAACCAGUUUCACUCAGCAACUGCAAAUGACGUCAAUGACAUUCGGACGCUUCUUUCAUAGUGUGCUCUGUGUAGUAUUUUGCUUCCCUGUGCAGAUAGAUUGGUGUUGGGAGAGCCUUUGGUUCAGAUAUAUCUAAGAGUUAUAAAAACUCCUGUGAUGGACUGCAGUAUCAGACACACUGUGUACAGUCUCGCCACUCAGCACACACUCACAUGUGCUCAUCUUGGCUAUGUAUGCCUUGAAUCCAAAGGACUGAAUUUUCCAGUUGAGUAAUGCAAUGCAAGUCUUUUGUUGCUGUGACUGAAGGAUAAGAAAUGAGCCUUGGUUGUUGUUUUUUUGUAUGCAUUUUUCUAAAGAUUGCCCACACAAUUAAAGCAUAGGGGAAAAUUCAGAAACAAGUGAAAAUGUCUUGCAGUGACAUGAAUCCAUUUGGAUUAUUCUUGCUGAUCCUCUUGAUAAAAAAAGAUCAGUCUAUAUAGAUGCAUUUUGUAAUGGGAAAGGUUAAAUAUGUUGCCUGCAUUGCAGGAGUACGGUCUGUUAUGGGCAUUGUGGUACUCCUGUCUCACAGCACUGUGUUAUCAGGGUUGUGUCACUGUCCAUCAUGUUGGCUCUCCUGUCUUACUCUGAUUUUCUGAUAGUAAUAAAUAGUUUAUAGUUAUAAUAAUAAUAAUAAUGAUAUUAAUAAAUAUUGAUGAUAUAGAAUUUUUCUAUUAAAGUACAGAUUAGCUAGGAGUUGAUGUGUGUGCCUCCAGAACAUUGUAGUAUUAUUACCACAAUGCAAGUUGAUACUAGUGCUGCAACAUCAUUCCAUUCCCGAGUACAACUUUUAUGGAAAAACGACUGGAGCGGGUUACGAUCUUGGUCAUAGUUUAAACACAACUCACCAAAUUUGGUCAGGAAUAUAUUUUUUGUUUACAUUAUCUCAGACAUUAGGGUUUCAGGGAAGUUUGAUCCUGUAAACCUCCUCCCACAAUGUGUCCAGGGCUGUAGCAUGACUGUCACAUCACAUACCCGUAAGAUUGUGCAUCAUUACACCUCGAUGAUGCUCCUAGAAAAUCGGUGCCGUCUACUUUCUGCCCUACUUUCAAGUGAUAACUGUAUGUGGUCUUUAAAACAAUUUGCUUAAAUCACCAACAGUCCACGCAGUGUUGUAUUUUUCUGCUAGUAGCCAGCUUGCAUUGUUGGCAGCUGUCCUUUCUCCCCAUAGUUCAUUUGUUCUGGCACUGCCUUACAUAUGUAUACGAACAUGAUACACUUGCCUGCCCUGGGAAGAUAUCGUAACAUCGCAAUGUUACUUCUUCAGUUUUCGAACACUGCAGUAAAUGUAUGUUGUAACACAGAAAGUUUUGCUUCAUGGCACACAGCUGUUUCUUCUUGUUUAUGUUUCACAAUGUUGACUAUCAAUUUCUAUUGAACCCUUUAUAGUCGAGAAGCGCGCAGUAGUUCCCAUUUUGUUUUCCACAAAUUUUAUCCUUAUCAGGUAUGUCCCAUACUGUUGACAUUUCUGUCCUUUCGUGACAGGCAACACAAAUAGUUAACGUAAGAUUUUCCCACUAUGUUUUUUGUGGGAAGAAUAUUAUGGUCACCCAAAACAUAAUCCUGCGCAAUGUUCAGAAUUUAUUUUUUUGUACAGCCAUGUUACUUUUCCCUUCAUGAUGGAUUUCUGAUACCAGGAGACAGUCAACCAUUACAAACAUCAGCUUCUGCCACUUGCUUCUUCUGAAAUCUUCAUCCAGAGACAAAUUUUGCUUCUGUUCCUAGUACUGGAGCUACUUGAAAGUUAACAGUUUGUAGUUUCACAGCUGUCAAACAUUUGCACUGACUGAACAUCCAUUACAGAUAUAUCAGAAGCGAACAAAACGUAAAUUUUUAAGCCCUUUCUCUUAUGAAUGUAAAUAUUAAUGAAGUGCUGUAUAAAUAAUAUCUGAAUGUAACCACAAACCAAAUUUUUUUCAUGUGCCAUGCUUUGUGUGUAUGAGUUUCACAACAUAAUGUGAGCUCCAGAGCUAUUCUGGACAGAGAUGAAAAACAAGCCAGACAUGUCUAGCAUUUGAUUGUUAGAUUAUUAAACAAUGCUGUAUUAACUAUAGGUGUGUAUAACAUCAAAUGAAACAUAAGCAUGAACAAAAAUGGUGACAUCUAGAUGCAGGUGUCUAUUAAAAGGUACUAUCGCAGCAUUCCCUAACAAAUACAAUGAAAAUGACAUAAAAUACUCACUACUAGUGUUCAGAAAUGUUCUUCUGUUAUAUGUUUGAUGGCAAUAAACUUUAUUCCUUCUUAUAUUUUUAUAAGUUUUUUGAAAUGCUAAGGAGAAAGCUUGUAAUGGCCACAAGAAAAUGAUGAGCACUUCCAGAAUGGGCCAAUAGAAUUUCAACUGAUAAUACUGCAAAAUCCAUUCAGACAGUGAAGUUUCUUACUGUGAGUAUAACAGCACAGUUUAAUGCAGUACUCAGUGUUUCACUUUUGCUACCAGGCUUGUGGACAAGGUGCUGACACUGAAGUCUGCCACUUCAUACUUUCAGCCUGUCAUCUCAUCAUUAAAUAAAAUCAUUAUCUCGGUGGAACAUCAGGUGUUUAUUUGGUUAUUUUAUGACACUGUGUCAACUGUGAAAAUCAUGUAACAUAAAAUGAGAUGUAGUAAGAUUACUGCGAACAAUAAACUGGGAAAUAUGUAUAGGGAGGAGGCAGUUGUGGCCUGUUAUAACCCUUUCCAUGCUAUAUUUUACUUAUAGAAACCGUCCAUUAAUAUCUUUCCAUAGUACUAUAUAAUUUCUAUCAUUGAAAAGCCACAAAUAGCUUUAAAUGUUGAUGAAUGAGACAAACUUCUUUCACUGAUCUCCACAAAACAUUAAGUCAAGACCAGACGGGCCAGCACUUCUAAGUGAGACAGCUUAUGCAUUGCAUGGAAAGGGUUAAGUUACCAACAGGUUGAAGGAAACUUCAGUUAGGUUAGCUGGUCCUCAGGCCGGACUGGAACCAGCUUGAUUACUGUGGAUCAUCCUGGGAGUGCUCUCGUAAGAUCAGUGAAGCACAAAAGACUAUUUGGCUUGGUAUUAGAACUAUGCAUUUUUCCCUGGCAGGCAACCUUAAUCAAGAAUGUUUUCUGUGUUGUUGGUAACACUGUAUGUACAUUUGUGUUUGCACUAAGUAUGCAACCUGUCAUGUAAUUUAUUUGAACUCCGUGUUGUAUCAUGUUAUCUUGUUACAAAGGCAAACUGCCACCCCACCCCCCCAUUACACUGCUCGGUGUAAUUAUGAGCAUCUUUGGGAAUUGUGUGAAUACCACAAGUUUCUGGAAAUGAGGACGUUUGUUUGUGUAUAUUGCCAAGCCUGUAUUUCAGUAGCAAAUUAUGUUUCACGUGGUUUGUUUUCUGUCCUGGCAACACUAGCCAUGUGCUCUCCACUCACCCAAAAAUCACGCUGUUGUGAAUGCAACUGCUUCUGCUCACACCUCUAAAAAUUUCUGUGCCAUUCUGCUGUCAGGGAGUUCCUCAAACAUGUGUAUUUCGCAACAUUUUUCACCAAAGGUAUUUCCAAACAAAUCCUAAGAUUGUAUAAUGCUCAGACCAUUAAAAAAAUUUCUUUAUAUAUACAUAUAAUCUUUAAUUUUAACAAAAAAUAUAUUUUACUCUAUUGGGUCACUGUUACUAACAACAAUUAUGUCCGUAACCUUUAGAUUAUUGUAAUAUUAUAACAAAUUCUUAAGUAAAUUUCUCAAGAUAUCAGAGUUCCACAAAGUGGUUAUCAAGUUUUCAUGAAAUGAAUUUAUUUUAGAAUCCUGUAAUCUGACAAAUAACCAACCUUUCAAUUCAGGCAGUAUUCACAAAACCCUCCCUUUGUCUUUUAAAAACUUAUACUAGAUAAAAAUCCCAUCUAGAAUUCAUAAUAAAUGGAUUCCACCAUUAAGACCUGUAACAGAAACAACUCCCACUCAUUUGUUGUCCAUGGUCUCACUAAAAUCAGAUCAAUCCCAGCUGACCACGAAUAUAACAAGCACUUAUAUCUUUACUGUAUGGGAAUAGGUUAGGUUUGAAUUCCUGUACUAUGGGUCUACAAGUAGAACUUUAACUCCAAUGUGAAUGUUUAAGGAGCUCACUAAUAAUCAAGGCAUCCAAGAUCAACAGAUUGGACCACUCAUCCCACAAUAAAAUGCAUGAAUGAGAACCAUAUUCAAAACAAUGAAAUGUUUUCAUGAAACUUCAUACAGUGCACUUUUGUAUGUAACAUAUUUUUAUGUGGCAGACAUCACCUGGGAAAAUAUUUUAUUGUAGGAAUGUCUUACAUUAUUCAGUAAUACUCAUAUAAAAGUCUUUGCUCAGAUUUGUUGAAAAAUUAAUUGGCAUUAUAUGGAGGUCAGUUUCAUGAUCAGCAUGAUUAGCACUUGGCAGCAACGAAAAAAAUCCCUCCCCGUUGAACAUGGAACCAAACAUACAGCAAAAGCAAACUUUUCCAUUUACAUGGAUUUUUUCAAAUAUUUUAAUAAAUACCCUCUGCUAUAUGUUUUAUAAAUUAGAAAAGUUUUAAAUUUAAGAACAGUUACAUUAAAAAUUUUGAUACCAUAAUCCAUCGUUAGUCUGAACACAAUUAUUUCAUUUUAUAAGCACUUCAUAGAACAUCUUUAAGAAAAUAAGAAGGAAUCAUCUGAAGUGAGAUUUGUCAGACUGACAGCAGGUUACAUCAAUGUGAACUACAAAAUAAAUUACAAAGCAAUGUCAGAAUUACAUAUAUCGGUAACAAACUUUAUAGUUUCGCCGGAAAAUGCGUUCUUGUGGGACCCCGACAGAAUUAUAAAACUUCAACUGAAACGGAGAUGGAAAGAUUCUGUUCUGUAACCGAGCAUACAGUCUUACUACUGGGACAGUGAAACAAACCACUAUGAUAACCCAUUGCUACUGUCUGCAGGUAUUGCAAGUCACAGUCCUCACUGAAGCUGUUCCACUAACUUGACUUAGAUCUGAACACGUUGAUCUGUGGGCAUGUGGCAACAAGAGCCUAACUCAUGUGAACGCUUACUAACGCAUUUAUUUCAAUUUCAAAAUUUAUAAAUACUGAUAUUAAAUGUGGAAGUAGUUGACUAUAAUAAGAGUAAGAUCUGUGAUUGAUCAUGUCUGUGUAUGUAUGGCUGUAGAUAUAGUGAUGGCUUACGCUACCAUGUUAUUACGUAGUUUUAUUGAGUCUUCCAGCCAAUGUGUUUGUAUCACAGAAUGUUGCAUGCAGGAGACCACUGUACAAGGGAAAGGUGCAAUAAAAGUCUUUGUAUUGGGACAUUUUCUUACUA